GUUCCCCCCCUCCCCCGCCGUUACUUUUAUUUUUUCUCAUAUGUGCAAACCACAUUGCCUUCUUAUCUUUAAAAAUAAUAUAUAUCCUCAAGGGAUUCAGAGACCAUAUCAAAUUAUUGCCCCUAAAGGUUCUCCUUUUACAUUUCUCUUCUCAAAAUUUCCUACUCACAGCAGCUGUUAAAAAUGUUUCCAAUUCCUCAACCAACAUAAGUCCCCCUUACAACCAAGUUUACCUUCCCCAUUCCUCUUCCCAUGUUGGCUUUUAGUAUGUUAGUUAUAUAUUUAAUAACAGAGAACAAAAAUUAUACUAAUAUAUAAAUGGGAUCAUCUUUUAUGUGGAAAUAAUCAUGUACUAAGUCAUGUAUAUAAUGGUAUUGUCAUUCUUUAAGGUGCUGUGAUUCUUUAUUGUUUAAGGGCAUUGGAGGGAGAAUUGAUCUGAAACAAUGCAUUCCAUUGUCUUACUACUGUUAUGUAAUAUUCUUUGAGAUAAAGUUGGAACUCACUGUGGAAUAAUAUGUCAUAACAUUUUGCAGGUAAAUAAAACUAUGAACUGAUGAAAAUUGAAUAAAAAGUUCCUUCUAGUGCUUAUAGUAACGCUUCCUGAAAAUAAAUGACUUAUACAUAGGUAUAUAAUGCAUCAUGAUUGAAGUGACAAAUGAAUUCCUAUUUCUGUGCUUGGAGAGGAAAACAAAUACAGGAAAAGGGUUUCUGGCAUAUAAAACAAAACUUUAUCUCUACUAGUUUCAGUUUUUCAGUCCUUAAAAACAUCUUCAUACUCUAGAUUUAGGCAAAGUGGACUACUUUCAGUACCCUGAAGUUCUGUGGUUUCUCUCUCACAUCUAGGCACUCCCAUGCUCUCCUCUCUCACAUCCAGGCCUUAUCCCUGAUCCACUCCUCUCAUGUUUCUUGGGGAAGCCUUUGCUAACUUCCAAGGCCAGGUUGGAGGCCCUCCCAUUGCCCUUGGCUUCUCCCAUUAUGGUAGUUAUCUCAAUGCACUGUAAUUCCUUGUUUGCUUUUAUAUCCUUGUAACUCUGUGAAGGAAGUGGCUGUGUUCAUAUUGUUCACCUUAAAUCCCUAGGUUUUGUCGUACACUUAAUUAUAUGUGUGUUUAAUGAAUGGGUUAAAUGGAGAAUAUUGAAACCAAGAUGUCAGGCUUUCAAGGACAAAUUUCAAGAGGCAUGCCUAUAAAUAUGGCUGAUAUUUCUGUGAGGUUCUUAAACUUUGAACAUUUCAAAACAGUAACUUCAGCAUGUUUGAAGCAAUAUUAAUGAUCUUAAGAUUAGCUCAUGGCUUCCCAAGGAAGAUAACUUGAAGUCACAUCCUUUAACAUAUAGCGAUUCAGUUAUGUGAAAUAAAAACUGAUCCCAUUACCUCUGAUAAAAAGAAUUUCAGGUGCUGAGAAACAGAAAGUCUGGCUUGGGUUUGUCUAAGAGGGUGCAGUAAACGGUUAUGCCUCUGAGCGUCGCUGUUCACCACUCAAGGAGGAAAACGCCACUGAAGAGCUAAUCCAUUUCCUUGUUUCCAAAGAGCAAAGAACCAGCAAAUCACAUUUACAAGAUCCGAGGCUGCUCCAAAGCUCACCCUUUCAGUCAGCCAGCUCCGUAACCUAUAAAUUAGGCCCACGAAAGGGUUAGUUCCUUGAGAAAAUAAGACUGAAGUCCGUCGUGAGAAAUUGGUACCCAAUUCAGAGAGAAUAAUUCACCAAAAAGGAAAUGACCAAUUACCUGAGAUUCAGAAAUGGCGGAGGACUGGCCCUGCUGUACGCGCUUCUGGGGACGCUGUGCAAGACCGGAUGCGGGCAGAUCCGCUAUUCGGUGCCAGAGGAGCUGGAGAAAGGCUCCUUCGUGGGCAACAUCGCCAAGGACCUGGAGCUGGAGCCCCAGGAGCUGGCGGAGCGGGGAGUCCGCAUCGUCUCCAGAGGUAGGACGCAGCUCUUUGCUCUGAACCCGCGAAGCGGCAGCUUGGUCACUGCGGGCAGGAUAGACCGGGAGGAGCUCUGCGCUCAGAGCGCGCGGUGUCUGGUGAGUUUUAACAUCCUGGUUGAAGACAAAUUGAAAAUUUUUGAAGUAGAGAUAGAAAUUAAAGACCUUAAUGACAAUGCUCCUGAUUUUCUAACGGAGGAAUUGGAAAUAAAAAUUGGUGAACUAACGGUUCCAGGAACUCGAUUUCCACUUAAGACUGCAUUUGACCCAGAUGUGAGCAUGAACUCUCUGCUGAACUAUCAGCUCAGCCCCAAUGACUACUUCUCCCUGGCUGUGAAGAGUGUCUCUGAUGGGGCCAAGUACCCAGAGCUGGUGCUGCAGCAGGCUCUUGACCGUGAGGAAAAGAAAGUUCACCAGCUUGUCCUAACUGCUUCUGAUGGUGGCGACCCUGUUCAUUCUAGCAACUUGAGCAUCCAAGUGAUAGUGCUGGAUGCAAAUGACAAUCCACCAGUAUUUACUCAGCCUGAGUAUCGAGUAAGUGUUCAGGAGAACUUGCCGGUAGGCACCUGGCUGCUCACGGUGAAUGCCACUGACCCUGACGAGGGAUUUAAUGCUCAAGUAUCCUAUGUACUAGAUAAAAUGCCUGGGAGAAUCGCUCAGAUUUUUAAUCUCAACUCAGUGACUGGGGAUUUAUCAAUAUCACAAAGCCUAGAUUAUGAGGAUGCUACUUUCUAUGAAAUUAAAAUUGAAGCACAAGAUGGACUAGGUCUCCUUUCAAGAGCUAAGAUUCUGGUCACAGUUCUGGAUGUGAAUGACAAUGCCCCGGAAAUUACGAUUACUUCUCUCACAGGAUCAGUCCCAGAAGAGGCUACUGCUGGAAGGGAAAUUGCCCUUAUCAACGUGCAUGAUCGGGAUUCGGGGCAAAAUGGGCAAGUCACAGUUUUUGUUCUGGGAAAUAUGCCAUUUAAUUUAGAAAAAUCAAUAAACCGAUAUUACCGCUUAGUGACAGCCAGAUGCCUGGACCGUGAACAGGUGUCCGAAUAUAACAUCACUCUGAGAGCUACAGAUUGGGGAAGUCCGCCGCUGUCCACAGACACACACAUCACCCUGCAUGUGGCGGAUAUCAAUGACAACCCACCUGCUUUCACUCAUGCCUCCUAUUCUGCCUACAUUCCUGAAAACAACCCCAGGGGAGCCUCCAUCUUCUCUGUGACCGCCCAGGACCCUGACAGCAUCGAGAACGCCCACAUCACCUAUGCACUGACUGAGGAUGCCUUCCAGGGGGCACCUCUCUCCACCUACAUCUCCAUAAACUCGGACACCGGAGUCCUGUAUGCCUUGUGCUCCUUCGACUAUGAGCAGGUUAGAGACCUGAAACUAUUGGUGACAGCCAGUGACAGCGGGGACCCUCCACUCAGCAGCAACGUGUCUCUAAGCAUACUCGUGCUGGACCAGAAUGACAAUACACCUGAAAUCCUAUACCCCACCCUCCCCACCGAUGGUUCCACGGGUGUAGAGCUGGCACCCCGCUCUGCAGAGCCCGGCUACCUGGUGACCAAGGUGGUAGCUGUGGACAGAGACUCAGGCCAGAACGCCUGGCUUUCCUACCGCCUCCUCAAGGCCAGCGAGCCGGGACUCUUCGCGGUGGGGCUGCACACGGGCGAGGUGCGCACAGCACGGGCCCUGCUGGACAGAGACGCGCUCAAGCAGAGCCUGGUGGUGGCCGUCCAGGACCACGGCCAGCCCCCUCUCUCUGCCACAGUCACUCUCACAGUGGCAGUAGCUGACAGCAUCCCAGACGUCCUGGCCGAAUUGGGAAGCCUCAAGCCCUCAGCAGACCCUGACGACUCAGGCCUCACACUGUACCUGGUGGUGGCAGUGGCCGUAGUGUCCUGCGUCUUCCUGGCCUUUGUCGUCGUGCUGCUGGCGCUCAGACUGCAGUGCUGGCACAGACCGCAUGUGCUGCAAGCUUCGGGAGGUGUACCAGCGGGCGUACCUGUCUCUCAUUUUGUGGGCAUGGACGGGGUGCGAGCUUUCCUGCAGACCUAUUCCCAGGAGGUCUCGCUCACCAGGGACUCGCGGAGGAGUCACUUGAUCUUCCCACAGCCCAACUACGCGGACACGCUCAUCAGCCAGGAGAGCUGUGAGAAAAGCGAGCCUCUCCUGAUAUCUCAAGAUUUACUUGAAAUGAAAGGAGAUGCCAAGCAAAUUCAGGUGAGCUUAUUUCUUUUUGAACAUUAUAAAGAACAGUUAUGCCAGUGUGGUUAUUAUAAAGCUUUAACACACAUUUAUUUGAAAAUAAAGCAAUGUGGUCGUCAUUGAUUCUUUUGUUUAAAUAUAUGUUCCUCUCUUCUUCUGGGAUUGUGGUGGGGCUGCACUUGCUGAUCUGGUAUGGCUGAGUGGGCCUAGUAAAUAGUUCUGACCAAUACAUUGUAAAUGGAAGUAUGUGAAUUUCUUCCCAAACGAAGUUCUAGUUGCCAUUGUAAAAAUUACCAGAUUUCUAACUUACUCGUUGAACUUGUGACUGUGCCAUCUAUCUGGGUCCUUGAAUAACUACAGUGACAGAAGAGCCCUGUGGUUGACUCAACAUUGAUCUGUAUACCUGCGAUAA